GGCGGGGCCGGUCUGCAGCAAGUGACCGCGCGGCGGGGACGGCUGCCGGCCCCCUCUGCCCCCUGGGGCGGCGCGGGUCCCGGGCCCCGGGUGCCGGACCCCGGGUGGCGCGUAGAGCCGGUGGUAGAGCCGGCGCGAUGCACGUGCGCUCGCUGCGCGCUCCGGCGCCCCGCAGCUUCGUGGCGCUCUGGGCGCCCCUGUUCCUGCUGCGCUCCGCCCUGGCCGACUUCAGCCUGGACAACGAGGUGCACUCGAGCUUCAUCCACCGGCGCCUCCGCAGCCAGGAGCGGCGGGAGAUGCAGCGCGAGAUCCUCUCCAUCUUGGGCUUGCCCCACCGCCCGCGCCCCCACCUCCAGGGCAAGCACAACUCGGCGCCCAUGUUCAUGCUGGACCUGUACAAUGCCAUGGCGGUGGAGGAGGGCGGCGGGCCCGACGGCCCGGGCUUCUCCUACCCCUACAAGGCCGUCUUCAGUACCCAGGGCCCCCCUCUGGCCAGCCUGCAGGAUAGCCACUUCCUCACCGACGCCGACAUGGUCAUGAGCUUCGUCAACCUCGUGGAGCACGACAAAGAGUUCUUCCACCCGCGCUACCACCACCGGGAGUUCCGGUUUGAUCUUUCCAAGAUCCCCGAGGGAGAGGCUGUGACGGCCGCUGAAUUCCGGAUCUACAAGGACUAUAUAAGGGAACGCUUUGACAAUGAGACGUUCCGGAUCAGCGUGUACCAGGUGCUGCAGGAGCACUUGGGCAGGGAGUCAGACCUGUUUCUGCUCGACAGCCGCACCCUCUGGGCCUCAGAGGAGGGCUGGCUGGUGUUUGAUAUCACAGCCACCAGCAACCACUGGGUGGUCAACCCACGGCACAACCUGGGCCUGCAGCUCUCCGUGGAGACCCUGGAUGGGCAGAGCAUCAACCCCAAGCUGGCAGGUCUGAUCGGGCGGCACGGGCCGCAGAACAAGCAGCCCUUCAUGGUGGCCUUCUUCAAGGCCACGGAGGUCCACCUCCGCAGCGCCCGCUCCACGGGCGGCAAGCAGCGCAGCCAGAACCGCUCCAAGACACCCAAGAACCAGGAGGCCCUGCGGGUGGCCAACGUCGCAGAAAACAGCAGCAGCGAUCAGAGACAGGCCUGCAAGAAGCACGAACUGUAUGUCAGCUUUCGAGACCUGGGCUGGCAGGACUGGAUCAUCGCCCCCGAAGGCUAUGCGGCCUACUACUGCGAGGGGGAGUGCGCCUUCCCUCUGAACUCCUACAUGAACGCCACCAACCACGCCAUUGUGCAGACGCUGGUUCACUUCAUCAACCCGGACACAGUGCCCAAGCCCUGCUGCGCCCCGACGCAGCUCAACGCCAUCUCCGUCCUCUACUUCGACGACAGCGCCAACGUCAUCCUGAAGAAGUACAGGAACAUGGUCGUGCGGGCCUGCGGCUGCCACUAGCCUCCUGGAAGCCGCACCCUUGGGGCCAUGUUUUUCUGGAUCCUUUGCCUCCCACCACCCUGCCUUUAAGGAGCCAGCAAACCCACCUCCUCUUGUGAGACUGUCCCUGUCCCCUCCCCGCCUGGAACGGUGUAGGAACAUGAAGGAAUUCGAGAGGCAAUGCUUUGAUCAGUUUCUCUCCGGCAUCCUACGGACAAGAUCCUACAAGCUGCAGCCAGCACAACCUAGCAGAACACAUCGAGAGAAAACCGGCCCGGCCACGUCCUGGCCUGGAUGUCUCAGCCCUGCGCAGACGCGUCCCUGGGUGGUGUUGAGCACCCCGAAGCCUGGCGCGCAGCUGGAGGCCGCGACGCAGAGGGGUGGGUGCGUCUGAGUCUGCACUCAAGGAAAGCUGACAUGGAAGUUCCUGUACUAAAUGUCACAAUAAAACGAAUGAAUGAAAAUGGUUAGGAUGUGACAGAUAUAUUUUCCUAAACAGUUUAUCCCCAUCUCUCGGUUCACUCUGAUUUCAUAAACAGAAUCUGUGGCCGACGGAGGGGGUGGGUGCCCCCGCUCCAUUCCAUUCUGUUUUCCUUCUGAGGCUUGCACAGGCCUCGUGUUUAUGGGCCACAUCCGAGCUUCGGUCGGGAGGGGAGUGGGCACAUUUCCGCUGGGCGGAGAGGAUACGUUGUCCUCGAUGGAAACACACCCACUGCCCAGCUGGCUGUGUGGGGCAGCGUUCAGAGUCACGUAGGCCCACGGGGCACAUUUGCAGCUGGUUUUCCGCUCCCCUGUGGUAGGGUCAGUGGCCGUGGAGGAGGAAAGCAUUGUGGACAGCACUGGCCGCUUGACCCUGGACUCUGACCCACGUGGCCCUAUUUAAGGCGGCAAGGGCACCUAACUCCCAGUGGGGGGGGGUGCUGCCCUUCCUCUGAGUGCACCUCUCCUUUGUUCUUUGAUACUAACCUUCUGAAGUCAGGGUUCUGACCCUCUGUGGCCACCUCUUUGUCUGCAGACCUCCCUGAGGACUCUGCAAAUAGAACUGGCUCCUCAAAAGAAGGGAAAGUGGCCUGGGGGUGAUCUGCUGGGUGCCUGGUGUGCUGGACAUGAAUAUCAAAUGGAAGUAUCUAGAAGUCAUUUCAAGAGUGACCUCCUCAUCAAGUAUCCUGGCCCAUACACAGGUAGCAUUUCUGACACGGCUGUCCUGUGAGCCUCCCUUGCCUCGGCCAGUGGGUCCCCUAAAUGGCGCGCACCCAUCUCCAGCUGUGACACAGACCUUGGGAAGGAUGGGGCUGUCCAGAACAAAGAGGGGGUUUGGCAGGUGAGGCGCACACCCCUGGAAUCCCAUCUAGUGGGGAACUGUGUCUCCACCUUGAUGUAGAGGCUUCCUGGAAACGUUUGCGCUUUUCUUUUUUCCUCUUCAGUAGCUUGGGCUGCAGCCUUCACUGACGAGACGCUGGGGAGAGUCCCCACUUCACAUUUUGUUUUGUCUGUUGGCAGGUCUGGGGCUUUUGUGUGAUUCUCUCUUGAUGUGAGUUUUCUCACCACCAGUGCCCCAGCCCCUGGCCUCUGAUCAGCGCCACUUGUAGAUGGAACCAUGUAAAGAAAUGAUUUAUGUCCCUCUGAAGCUCUCUUUAGGCCCCUCAACCCCUUCCUCGGUCAAGACGAGCUCGCUUCCCUUCAACCUGUUUGUUUUCCUAUUUAAGACUAUUUAUUAACGGUUGGACCCAUGUACUUUCAGCUGUUGCAUAGAGUAGCCCUCAGCGAAAAGUCUGUAUAAAUAGCCAAAAUAAAAAGGGUUUUGACUUUGCAAUA